AUGGAGCGAUUGCACAGUGGAUCUAAUAUUUCUGUUCUCUUCUUCUUAUGCUAUCUUUUCUUGGCACCAGCGGCUGCUUCAAAGAGUAAAGUGAAAGGCAGCCAAGGGCAGUUUCCACUAACACAGAAUGUAACGGUUGUUGAAGGCGGAACUGCAAUUUUGACCUGCAGGGUUGAUCAAAAUGAUAACACCUCCCUCCAGUGGUCAAAUCCAGCUCAACAGACUCUGUACUUUGAUGACAAGAAAGCUUUAAGAGACAAUAGGAUCGAGCUGGUGCGGGCUUCCUGGCAUGAACUGAGUAUCAGUGUCAGUGAUGUAUCUCUCUCGGAUGAAGGACAGUACACCUGCUCUUUAUUUACAAUGCCUGUCAAAACUUCCAAGGCCUAUCUCACUGUUCUGGGUGUUCCUGAUAAGCCUCAAAUUAGUGGAUUUUCAUCACCCGUUAUGGAGGGAGAUUUGAUGCAGCUGACUUGUAAAACAUCCGGUAGUAAACCUGCAGCUGAUAUAAGAUGGUUCAAAAAUGAUAAAGAGAUUAAAGAUGUGAAAUAUCUAAAAGAAGAGGAUGCGAAUCGUAAGACGUUCACUGUUAGUAGCACUCUUGAUUUUCGAGUGGACCGGAGUGAUGAUGGUGUGGCAGUGAUCUGCAGAGUAGACCACGAAUCCCUCAAUGCCACCCCACAAGUGGCAAUGCAGGUGCUAGAAAUACACUAUACACCAUCAGUCAAGAUUAUACCAUCCACUCCUUUUCCACAAGAAGGACAGCCUUUAAUUUUGACUUGUGAAUCCAAAGGAAAACCACUGCCAGAACCUGUUUUGUGGACAAAGGAUGGUGCAGAAUUACCAGAUCCUGACCGAAUGGUUGUGAGUGGCAGGGAGCUAAACAUUCUUUUCCUGAAUAAAACGGAUAAUGGUACUUAUCGAUGUGAAGCCACAAACACCAUUGGCCAAAGCAGUGCAGAAUACGUUCUCAUUGUACAUGAUCCUAAUGCUCUGGCAGGCCAGACUGGUCCUGAUCAUGCUCUUAUAGGAGGAAUAGUGGCUGUCGUGGUGUUUGUCACGCUGUGCUCUAUAUUUCUGCUUGGUCGAUAUCUGGCGAGACAUAAAGGAACGUAUUUAACAAAUGAAGCUAAAGGAGCUGAAGAUGCACCAGAUGCUGACACAGCCAUUAUCAAUGCUGAAGGCAGCCAAGUCAAUGCUGAAGAGAAAAAAGAGUAUUUCAUUUAAAAUGCAGGCCAAGAUUCUGAGUUUUACUUACCAGGCUGGCUGCUGGAGAAACUGGCUAUCAUCUCUCAGAAUUCAUUUCUAUCAUCUUCUGCUACUUUUAUUAACUUCCAUUCUGUACUGCUCUCAGUAGCCAGUGUAUACCAACAAUCAGCUGUUGAAAGCAUCAUUCUUUUAUUACUGUACCAUCCACAAUGCAGGACAUUUCUUACUGCCUAAAUUCCACACCAUUGCUCUUUUAACAUACAGUGCUUGAAUAUACAGCCUUAACAAUGUUAAUCACCUCCUUGGAUCAUGGUAUUGAAUUGUUUUUAUACAUUGAAAAAAUGUAUGCCUAGUUUUUUUUUCUCCCUUUCAUUUCCCCCCUUUAAAUCUUGUCCAUUUGCCAAUGGUCAGCUUUCACAAGGGAGGGGAUUAGGUAAAUACCUAAUCAGCUUAAAUUUAAUCAGAUUAGAGGUUUACAAAUGUUUUCUACAUGUCUAUUUUCAAAGACAUGUUUGAAAACAUAUGCCCUAGAAAACACAAACUGAAAACAUUGUAAUGUAGAUUCUGGAAUGUGAGAUUACACUGUAAGGCUGUAUCAAUUUUCUAUUUAAAUUUAUAGUAUUUGAUACAGAGGCCAUGUUGUAUGGACUGCAAUCAUGACAUGACAUCUUAUAUUAUUAUAUAGAUUCUGCCACUAGAUUAUUUUAGCUUCAUUUACGAAUAAAUCUUCCAAAUAUUUCACUGCUUUGGGAAUAACAAAGAUUUCAUUCAUUUCUUUAAUUUGAUUCUAUAAUUUAUUUGUUCCACAAGAACUCACCUUCCGAAACAAAAUUAAAGUAUCCAUAGGGCACAAUUUUGAGACAUUUUAGUAUCUGUAUAUAGUGCAUAUAAUAAAUCCAAUUAAACAUUAUUUGAUACAUAUUUAACUUUUUUGGCUGUAGGUAAUUCAGUCAUAAGUAAGCAUUUUCUAAUGUCCAUGAUAUCCCUUUAGAUAUUAUUACUUAAACCAAUAUUAUAAGUAGAUAACAUGUAUUAGUAUUUUUGUCUGUAUGUCCUAGCACUGUUCAAAAACAAAUUUUUCUAGUUCUUGUUAAUUUUUUUUGUUAUACAAUGGAAGCACAAUGUUCUAAGGAAAGGUAAUUUUAAGCUAACAACCAGUGCACAGCCUCAGGUUUUAAAUUGCAACCACAGUGGAAUAAUAACCUAAAAAUACACUCUUAGUUUGCUAAAAUUUACAAAUUUUAAUUUGGCAGUUCUAGUACUGCAUACCUGUGUUGGUUUGCCAAAAAGACAUGUUUAAGAUAUGUUUUCUGUAUAAAUGAACUAAUUCUUUAUAUUAAAUUCCUGUCUAUGCAUUUUGUGAGGUACAAACUUAUGAAACAGUGAGUGAUAGAGAAUUUCUGCCAUGCUUUUAACUCCAAGGUGAAAGUCUCUUUCUCUGAAUUAUUUCUUAAAUUUUGGUGUAUUUAACCAUUAAGCAAUGCUGUAUUCUUAAAUAUGACAAAGAGUCAAUCUAAAGUCAUAUUAUUUCUUCUAGUAAUUCAAUUAUGCUAGAUUAGUUCUUAUUAAAUUUAUUAUAUGCUAAAGAUUAAAAAUCCAGUUAAAUGAAAAUUAUUUUCCCAUUCACAAGCUUUGCACCUUUAAGAAGAAAACAAAUAUGACAACAUGGUAGCUAUACUUGUGAUGUCUGAAAGACAUGAUGGCCUAUGGUUUGAAAAAAUAAUAGCUUGGAAUUUAUUUUUGGGGAAUGAGAAUGGUUGAGUAUGACAUCAUGUAUUAAUAUCAAAUGAAAGACAAGGGUGCUGUAUCGUAGAUUAUUUAUCAGAAGUAUAAAUCUUUUAAAAAACCUUUGAAUUUUUAAAUUGUUUUUUAUUGUUGAAGCAUUUAUCUUGUUGAUUUCUUACAAGAGGAAAAAGGACGAUGUCAGUCAAGCAGCACUUUUUCAGAAUAUACAGAACAUAAAUAAUAUGAUGUGGUUGAGUGUUAACAUAAUAAAUCAUAUACAGUAUGACAUUUUAAGGAAAUAAGUCUGCAUUGAUGUGAUUGCAUGCUUGUUUUUACAGUUCACUCCAUACCAUCUGUGGAAAAAUGCAAUAAUAUGUUAAUAUAGUAUGGUAGUUUGAGAGAAUCAGGUAGGUGCUACUAGACACAUUGAAACUAGAAUAGGUUUAUAAACUGUUCAUAUCUCUCAAUGCAUAAUCUUUAGAAAGACUCCACAAAGCAAAAUCCAUCCUGUUAGUACAAAAUUGAAAGGUCCUUAUUACAGAAGUAAGUUGUAUAAACUGCAUCAUCAAUUACUAUUUAAAGCCUAAUUUCAGGAUGCACUUACAAAAUUGCUACUCUUCAUCGAUGCUGUAUUUACAUCCCUCUUCAUUUCAUCUAUAUUCUACUUGGCUCCAACUGCUAAAGUGUUGCCUAAAUAACUCAAUAAUUAUUUAUAGUAGUAUAAAAUUAGAAAUAUCAAAUUGGUGCAUUUCAAAAUGUUUGACUCUUUUAACGCUUUAGAGAAAUAGAAAAACUCACUGGAACUCUCUUAAAAAAAAAACCCUAAAAACAAACAAACAAAAAAAACAAAAACCACUAACUUGUGUAAUAUGACUUGUGGACUCUAAUAAAAUAUUUUGCCAGUUCAGUUAGAAUAAUUUUAAUUAGGCAUCAUUUUUCUUAUUGAAAGAUAAGCAAUUAAAUGAUAUGUUCUGAUCCCUAAUACUUUGUAUUUGCUAAUUAAAAAUUCCACAUUUUAAAAAUCAGGAAAAUUGAGGUGACAUUUUAGUGGAAUCAUGUCAAUCACAAUGUCUGGAACAUGCAUUCUUAUAUGCACAUAGAGCCAAAUUCUAUCUCAGUUUGGUGAGCACAUUAGCUCCAGAACUCAGUGUAAGGAGUGUCCUACACCACUCCUCACCCUCUCACACACCUAGUAGAAUAUUGAACAUUAUUCUUUAAACAAAUGUAGUUAUGUUCUGCUAAUGUAUUGUUUGCAGCAUAAAUUGAUUGCCUAUCAUCAGAAACGUGUAAACAGUAUACUCUUUAUAUCCUUUUUUUUCCCAUUUCUGAGUGUCCUAGAUAGAGUGAUUAUAAAAAUAAGGAAGAAAAAGGAAAGUUUGUGAGUACAAGAGCCAAUGCAGAGCAUGAACAAAGUGUUGAUGGUAGGCAUGAGUGUGCGUGUGCGUGCAUGUGUGCAUGUGUGUGUGUGUGUGUGUGUGUGUGUGUGUUUUGGUGGGUAUGGGUGGGUUGGUGUGGGUGUGGAGAGAGAGAGAGAGAGAGAGAGAGAGACUUCAACUUGUCUUCUGCUAUCAGAGAAUCCAAGAAGCAGUCUAAGGAACCCGAUAAAUGGAAUUAAUGUAGAAACUGGAUAAUCUCAUAUUCAUUCAAGAUGUUUAAUCUUGCCUUGAAACCCCACAUUUGAAAUAACAAGUAGAGAAAGAAAAUUAACUUUCCUAAAAGUGGCAAAGAAGCUAACACCUCAUUUAUUUUUUAUUUCCUUGUAAAAAUAUAAAUAUCUCAAUUCAAAGGACAGGCUCAUUUGUAAUUAUGUACUCAUGACUGUAACAGCAUUGAGAUUCCAUAUAGGCACAUGUACAGCAACUGUUGAUGGUGAUGGCUCUUCCAUGUAACAUAGCAGUUAUCGUGUAAUUUAGUGCCACUUAUUGCAAAGUGUUACUAAGGGGAACACUUAAAAUCCUUUUCCUUUUUUGCCCCCCUUGCACAUUAGGAUUAUUUGGAAUGAUGAACUGAAAUUUGACAUUACAUUCAUUUUAAUUGUGGAGAAAAUAUAAAGCCUCUAUCUUACUGUAACUUCCCCACCAUCUUGUCAAUUAGAGCCCUUAAAAUGCCCAAUAUACCCCCCCUUGCAAAUGGUAAUCUUUGAUAAACAUAACAACACAAAUAAAAACAACCGGCAACCACAGCUAAAGUAAACACCUAAUGAAAAUUACUGAGUAAUGCUUUUUUUAAGUGGCACAAAGUACACACUAAAAACUAUGCAAAAUAUAGGUAACUACAGUGUACGUACAUGUAAGUAUCUUGUACUUGCUGUGUAUGGAUGUUGGAAACCCAUGUAAUUAUAAUAUGCAUUUUGAAUAUUGGGAAAGAGGAAAUCUUAGUGUAGAUAAUAGAACUUGUUUUGAAAUAUACGCUGGCAAUAUUGAAAAAUACUCAGUGCAAUAUUUGUGAUUCUAUUGCUAAAUACUUAAUGCAAAGGGACUUUAAAGCAUUCUUCAAAAAGAUCCAAGAAAUUUCUAAUCCACAGAUCCCAGAUAUUAAAGAAUCAAUUAAAAAGACUACUUUAAGUUUUCUUACUUAAUUGUUAAUGUGACACAAGAGGAUUAUUUGCUCCAGAUUUUAGCAAUGUUGGAGAGAAAGAAAUAAACCUAGUUUUAAAUUUUGAUUCAAAUCUAUUUAAGUUUGGGAUUUUAAAACUUUCUUUGAUUAUUGGAUAUAUUUUAAUGGGCUGUGGUAUGUAUACCAUAGAAAUAUAUGGACUUAAUCAAAGAAUAUACACAGACCACCCUUAAUAGUUAAGAUCCUUUUUUAAUGAAUUUUUUUAUGAAAUUGAUGGAUUUUCCUUUUCUCUCCUAUUCUAACCCAAAUAUACCCUUUGCACUUAUACCCUUCCAAAGGCAAUGGAUUGAAAGUAGCAAGAUAAUAAAGAGAGCUAAAGGGGACAACAUAUAAGAAUGGGUUCUAAACUCAUCAGCAUUUUUAUGUAUUGAGAUUAAUAUUGAAUGCAAUAGUUAUUGGAUAUAGCUGGUAAGUUCUCUGCCAUGCAUACUUACAAUAAUCCUUCUACCUCUCACUUUUAACAUGGGCUAUGAUACUUCAAUAUAAAUAGAAGAAAUAAUUACAAGAUAUCCCAGGACGCACUCUUUUGGGACUAUCUUAACAGUCCACUCCCUAUCCCUGGGAAAUCUCAAAAGCCAACUUCUUUUACUGUAUUCAGCGGUGUAUGGAUCUGCAUUUGUUUUUUCCUUUUCUAUCAUUAAAUGUUCCUAUAGGCAAAGGACCAUAACUUUAUAAGAAUAGUUCUUCUUAUGCCUAUUUAAUAUUUCAAUGUAAUAUAACCGUGUUGAUUAAAAAAUAUCUCAGUGGCAACACUUUGCAAUCCAAUCAGACAUUUCUUAUUUAAAUUGCAACAAUGUAUUAUAAACUGAUACUGUUGUUUAAAUUAAAACAAUGCAUAUUAUUUCCCAAAAGUAUUAUGUAAGUACCAUGUAGAACAAAAAAAAAGUUAGCAUUUAAAAUCGCUUCUUAUUAAUGAAUAGUAAAUGCAAAGUAUUGCCACUAAUGCCCACGUUAUUUUGUCUUCUUAGACAUAGUAUGAUUUUUUAAAAAAUAAUGUAAUAAUUAUUUUGAAAGGAAAUAACAUUUUUCAAAGCAGAUUUUCCUCUAGUGGAAAAAAGAUACAAAAUCAUGUCUCGAAUUAUGAUGCUGGAUCUAUAAAAUAUGUUAGUUAAAGUAAGAUGUUUCUAUGUUAUGUGAUUCUGUGACAAAUAAUAUUUGAUCCAUUCUUUACCAUCUUUUCCAUAUAUGCAGACUAUAUAUGUAUCUAUAUGUACAUAUAUAUGCUAGUCACAAGAAAUGUAUGGUUAUUUUGUAGAGAAUGGAUCCAAAUGUGAAAAAUAUGUAAAGAAAAAAAAAACACUGUUUCCCCCCAUGAAAUAUACUGUAUAUUUAAAAAGAAGAAAAGUUAAAAGACAUUUGAAGAUUGCAGGGGCAAAAGAAAAACCUACCAGGGCUCAGCACUUAAGCACUUUUCCCACAUCCAGGGUCAGAACAGCAGAGAUUCCUACACGGACUUUUUAAGUGCGGUAUGAAAUGCCACAUUACACUUCUCUUCUACACAGUACUGUCAAACCUCUAAUGUUUUCUUUCUUCAGAUGCUUUUCCUUGUACAUGAUGAUAGUAGACACUUUCUCUUUAUAUUUGCUGAUAGUCAAAGUUAUAUGCAAUAAAAUGUUUGGUGGUCACCAGUUGGUUUUUAAAAAAAAAACUAUGAAAUGUAAACUAAUUGUUAUCUCUUUAUCCUUUUGCUUUCUUCUGUGUUUCAAAUGUGUUGAAUGAGUCUCACAAAUAGAAACAUAAUUUAGAAAACUUUCAAAGCUAUUACUCUUUCUCCUUAACAAUGUAUAAAAUUUUAAUCUCUUUACAAAUUUAUUUAACUGUACCUGCUGUACUUAUUGUAGAUUCAAUGAUGCAGUUAAAUAUUAAUGCAAAGUUUUGUGAAUUUGGGAAAACUGACCUAUUUUUUUCAUAUUCAGUUCACAUCAAUAUUUGUGAAUUGGUUGUGUAGCUUUUUCAUUCAACCAAAAAAUAUUCCCUCAAGAAAGCUCCAUUUUUAUCAUAAAUAUUUCAGCAUAACCAACAUUGGAACAAGUCUGCCAUGUUAAAAAUAAUUUAAAGACUUAUCUCUGAAAAUGGUACCCAGAAAUGUGAUGUUCCCAGUAAUGUAGCUUCAAAAAUAAAAUGUUCUAUUUAAAUGACAUGAAAUUCAUAACUUUUGGAAGGGUAUAUUUAUAACAGAAUAAGAACAAAUUCUGUGCUGUAAAAGAGAUUAACCAAAAAUCAAAUAUAUUGCACAGAAAAUAAAGUAACAUGAUUAUUGAAUCUACUAAUAUCAAAAACAUUUUCAAACAAAAUGCAUAUUGUAAUAUUAGGUACAUGACACUUGCAUGUUGAUAUGCCUAUAUACUUACAAAGUAUUCAAUGUGUACUUAGUGGCGCUUAAAAUAUGUCAUGUACAACUCUUAUAAACAUUCUUACAGGGUUCCCAUUUGCACUUCAUCUUUCAGUAAAGUCUUGUCAGAAAAAAAAAUUGUCUGAUACAUAUGGAGAAAUAAAAUUUGAAUUUUAGUUAUCUGUUGGA